AUGGCGGAUAACCAAAGCGAAAUAAGCUCUGCAGACUCUGCUGAAGCUCAGAAUCAACUACAGAAUGAGCAAUCAGAACACCUCUCAGACUCACCAUGGGCCAAAUUUACCGCGGAACAACUUAUGGAAAACUGUCCAUACACAGUUGCACUCAAGGUCAUCAAUACAGCUCUCUGGGGUGUACCCGCACCGGCGGACGCAAAUGAGACACACGCAACAACGUGGGUCGCUAAGGCUAUCCACGACUACAAUGUGUCAAUGGCCUGGGACGAUGACCUCUUCAUUGACUACAAAUGGGACUUUGAAGGAUGGACGAAGGAGCUAUUUAGCAAGGUUGAGCGUGGUACACUAAGGUCUCUUAAGAGUGUGCUACGACACCGGGGAGUAUACACUGGCAACAAUCACGCCAGGGUGGCGGACUCUCUCUACAACAUUCUAGGUAUAGAGAAUACUCUUGAAUGGGAACCAGCAGAGUUUCGAGCCAUGAAAUUCGACCAACAGUCCGAAGCGACACUCAGCACACAGUCUAUCCAGCUGUACAACAACCACCGCAAGUACAACAACCGCCCGCAAUUACAACAACCGCCGCAAUUACAACAGCCACCGCAAGUACCACAGCCGUCGCAAUUACAACGACCGUCGCAGGGCGAGCAACAAGAGCAGUAUAGAGUGAGACAAGGCGUCCAGAGCCGUUCCCAAACAAUAGAGCCACAACAGCCGCUACACAUGAGCGGUACGCUGGAAGGGCCUCAGCAUCGACAACUGUGGGAGCAGGCCGCGCAGCCGCAACAAGGGCGUGCGCAACUACAGACACGGCCGCCAGCGACUGCAUAUCGCGAAGUCACGCCAUUUCCGCAACAGCCAACGAACCGCGUCCCUAACAGACCACCCGAACUACCAUACGACCCGUACAAGACGCUACCGCCGCGAUGGUCCCGCAACGAUCGACUCGACGCUAAUACGAUCACGCAGUUCUCUAAGCUAUGGGACAAUAGCAACAAGUAUACAGGGAAUGCGUACGAUCUCCUAGACGAUAAGAUCAAGAUCUUCUUCAGCAUCUGCUGGCAGGUAGAUAUCCAAGAAGAGCAGUUUCACGCAGUGUUUCCCCGUAUCCUUACCGGGCGUGCAGAGACAUUCUACAUACAGGUUGUAGAGAGAGAUGACAGCUUUGCUGAUGCGUACAUGGCAAUCAAAAACCACUUCGACCAUGACGUCCAUCACCAGCACUACUACACAGACUGGACGACUACAACCUUCGCUCGCACCCGCACAGAGAACCCCGACAAGGGACUACACGAGGUUCUGCAGAUCCUGCUUGACAAGCUGCAGCUAUGCCAGCGUGCCCUUGGCAAGAACUUUGAGGGCGAGGAUGCCCUACGUACCACUGUCAUCAAUGCCUGCCGAGGAAUGGUCACAGAGGACCAAUACUACUUAGAUCGCCGAUACAACGGCAAUGGAAGAAUCCGAGGUGGAUCUCGAGGUGGAGGAGGAUUCAGAGGCGGAUCUAGAGGAGCAUAUCGAGGAGGCGAGCAGCGCGACGACAACGGACGAGGAUUUAAGCCUCGCUGGAGGAAGAAAUGCUUUGUUUGCCAGAAGGAAGGAUGCUGGUCUACCAACCACACAGACGAAGAGCGCAAGGCUGCCCGUACACAGUUCUUCUCUACGCUAUACUUUACAGGUACACAGCCCCCCAAGGACUUCUCCGUACAUCUUGCAGAAUACGAAGGGAUCGAGCACACUAGCCAGUACAAUCAGAGAGGCUGGAGAGAGGAGGAAGACGAUGACGACGUCGCGGAAGCAUACCUUGAACAGCAGUUUUUCACGGAGCAAUGCCUUGCAGAUCAGGCGUUCUUGCACCACAUCUCUGGCGACGACGUAUACCGCCAAGACGCGCCAUCAGCGCCAGCGUCACAGUUCCUGCUUGAAGACCGCUACACAAGAUCUGUGUACCAAGGGAUCCUACCGGAUACAGGCGCUGCCAACGUAUCCACAGUUGGCAAGGAGCAGUACCUUGCACUCACAAGGGAAGAUCCUACAGUUAGGAUGGAUACGUCUACAGCAGGAAAGGCAUCUAUCAAAUUCGGCAAGGGCGAGGCUACAUCAUCUAUUGGCACUGCACAGGUCUCUACAGACAUUGGGACGAUCAACUUUGAG